AUGGCUACCGACAAGGGACUCGAGGACGUCCCCGAGGGACAGAUCGAGUCCAACUAUGACGAGACCGUCGACUCUUUCGACGAGAUGAACCUGAAGGCCGAGCUCCUUCGCGGUGUCUACGCCUAUGGCUUCGAGCGCCCUUCUGCUAUCCAGCAGCGCGCUAUCAUGCCCGUCAUUAAGGGCCACGAUGUCAUUGCUCAGGCCCAGUCCGGUACUGGCAAGACCGCUACUUUCUCCAUCUCUGUUCUGCAGAAGAUCGACCCCAACAUCAAGCAGUGCCAGGCUCUCAUUCUUGCCCCCACCCGUGAGCUGGCCCAGCAGAUCCAGAAGGUCGUCGUUGCCAUUGGCGACUUCAUGAACGUUGAGUGCCACGCCUGCAUCGGCGGUACCAGCGUCCGCGACGACAUGAAGGCCCUCCAGGACGGUCCUCAGGUCGUCGUCGGUACCCCCGGCCGUGUCCACGACAUGAUCCAGCGCCGUUUCCUGAAGACCGACUCGAUGAAGAUGUUCGUUCUCGACGAGGCUGAUGAGAUGCUGUCCCGUGGCUUCACGGAGCAGAUUUACGACAUCUUCCAGCUGCUGCCUCAGUCCACCCAGGUCGUCCUCCUCUCUGCCACCAUGCCCCAGGACGUCCUUGAGGUCACCACCAAGUUCAUGCGCGACCCCGUCCGCAUUCUGGUCAAGAAGGACGAGCUCACCCUCGAGGGUAUCAAGCAGUUCUACAUUGCUGUUGAGAAGGAGGAGUGGAAGCUCGACACCCUCUCCGAUCUCUACGAGACGGUCACCAUCACCCAGGCUGUCAUCUUCUGCAACACCCGCCGGAAGGUCGACUGGCUCACUGAUAAGCUCACUGCCCGCGACUUCACCGUCUCUGCCAUGCACGGCGACAUGGACCAGGCUCAGCGUGACCUGAUUAUGAAGGAAUUCCGGUCCGGCUCCUCUCGUGUCCUCAUCGCCACCGACCUUCUGGCUCGUGGUAUCGAUGUCCAGCAGGUCUCGCUGGUUAUCAACUAUGACCUGCCUGCCAACCGUGAGAACUACAUCCACCGUAUCGGCCGUGGUGGUCGUUUCGGCCGAAAGGGUGUUGCCAUCAACUUCGUCACGGCUGAGGAUGUCCGCAUGAUGCGCGAGAUUGAGCAGUUCUACAGCACUCAGAUUGAGGAGAUGCCUAUGAACGUUGCCGACCUCAUUUAA